AUGGAUUGUACUCGUCCAAAUGGUUUUCAAUCCGAUGAACUGAAGUUAUAUUGGAAUGCCGAACAACUGGAACAGCUUUGUCCAAAAGCUGAAUCACAACUAGAGAAAUUCUUACAGCCAUUAUAUGAUCCAUCGGAUGUUGAUGCUGUCGAAGCUCUUCGUCAACAUCCUGUUUGGCAGCGAAAUCACCAUGGAAAGAUUACUUAUGUCACCAAAGGCAUAGAAAAAGCUGUUUUCGAUGUACCGAAAGAUGCACAAAUUAUUCUACUGAGUUUUGCAGAUGAACAAUCACCUGGAGGUGGCUAUUUAAUAAGAGCAUGGACUCAAGAAGAAAUUAUUCUAUACAAUUCAGAUGCCUAUCGAUCGUUGCUCGAUCUUAAAUACGGACGAAUGGGUGGUGGCUAUGCUAUACCCGAGUUUGGUCUAGCCUAUGUACGCAACAUUUGUUUCUUUCAUAGAGAUACUCAAGAGCGGCGUCUUACUGAUAUGUUGGUUGCCAACUGUUAUUGUAUUGGCGCAGCGGAACUUUAUCGCAAUCCAAAGAAUAAGACUGAAUGGAAAGAAAAGACUUUGGCCAAGUUUCAUGCAUUCAUCGCAGCAGCCGUAGCCAAUACAAAGGGUGCCGGCUCUAAUACAUAUCUCUUGCUUGGACCAAUAGGAACAGGUGCAUUUGGAAACGAUGUUCAAGAUAUUGCCAAGUUAUUUCGAGAAAUACUUCAAUCAAAGAUGAUGGGCUCCAAUGGACCCAUUCGGCAGGCUUUCAGUAAUAUUUGGUUUGUCUGUACGGAUGCUUGGAAAAAUGAGAUUUUUGAAGAAAUCUUCUCAAAUAUUGAAGUCUAA